GCUGUCAGCGCGCUGCAGUGGUCCCCGAGCUCUGCCGAGAACGGUGGCAGCAGCUGGCCCUGCCGCCUGCCUCCCGCUGAGUUUCUCCUGCUCAUCCUACGGGAGCAGAGGACAGCGAGUCCUGCAGCCUGCAGGUGUCUCCCAGCGGAGGAGGCUGCGGAGCCCCUUGGGAUCAUGUGUGGUACCCGAGCAGAUGUUCACUUGCUCUUGGUGCUCUUUGUGAGACAGACCCUCUCUGAUCCCGUCAGCGCGCUGAAGCACUCCGACUACAAGAGGACGGCCGCACUCCCGCGCCUGCAGCUGCUCCUUUAACGGACAAAGGCAGGAUUUCAAGUGAAGAGAAGAAUGGGAAUCUGGCUGCAGCGUUUCCUUCACUGCUACAACAACAGAUUGGAAGAAGCUGAGAGUUUUGAUGCCUGGAAAACUGGAUUCUGAAUCGUGAGAGGCUUUGAACCUCCCCCCCCUCCCAAAUAAAACAAACCCCUUUGACUUCUUCUCUCAGCAGGAGGGGGAGGGAGGGCGGAUUUACCAUGAAGACAAAUCGAAGAUGCAGAGCCCUGCUAGCAGUGAGUCUGAAUCUGAUGGCUCUCCUCUUCUCUACAACAGCUUUUAUCACGACCCACUGGUGUGAGGGCACACAGAGGGUCCCCAAGCCCAGCUGUGGGAAAGAGAAGAAGACAAACUGCCUCAACUACAGCGGGAAUGAGACUGCAAAUGAGACAAACCAGAAUGUGGUUCAUUACAGCUGGGAGACGGGAGAUGACCGCUUCCUUUUCAGGUAUUUCCACACUGGGAUCUGGUACUCCUGUGAGGAAAAUAUCAAUGCUGCUGGUGUCCUGUGGCUAUCAGUAGUAUCCGAGGUGUUAUACAUCAUGCUGUUAGUCGUCGGAUUCAGCCUUAUGUGCCUCGAGCUCUUUCAUUCAAGCAGUGUGAUAGAUGGGCUCAAGUUAAAUGCCUUUGCUGCUGUCUUCACUGUCCUUUCAGGUCUCUUGGGGAUGGUGGCACACAUGAUGUAUACUCAAGUUUUCCAAGUGACAGUCAGCCUUGGGCCAGAGGACUGGCGACCACAUUCAUGGGACUAUGGAUGGUCCUUCUGUCUGGCAUGGGGCUCUUUCACCUGCUGCAUGGCGGCCUCCGUUACUACCUUGAACUCUUACACUAAGACUGUCAUUGAGUUCAGACACAAGCGCAAAAUCUUUGAGCAGGGCUUUCGAGAAGAGCAGAACUUCCUAGACCAGGAAGCCAUGAAGUACUUCAGAGAAAGGGCUUCACAACACCCAGCUCUAAAUGUCACUAGCACGCAGAGGAACAGGAGUGACCAUAAUGCUCAGAAAAUACCCCCAUUCGCUACGUCAAGCUCUUCCAGUGACAUAUCAAGCAGCUCUUCACUUUCAUCAGAACCAACCAGCCAGAUCUCCAUGGUUCAGGAUCAAACCCUGCUGGACAUCGCCUCCAUCGCUAGAUUGGCCCCGGGAGAAUCACCAAACCCUCAACCAUUUGAGCAAAGAGAUGAAAAUUUAGCAAUAUCGUGUUCCAGCCCACUGGGAGCAAGGACUAUUCCAGCAUCUCGCCCAGCCAGCCCCAGGCUCAGUCUAACACCCAGCUCAGCCAAGGCACAGCAAUACUCUGACUCCUCACCAGUCAGUCCAGGGAUCAAUGCAACUUCCUUCUACACCUUUUGUCCUCACACAGCACAAAACGUACAAGCUUCAGCAUCAGAUCACACACUGACCCCAACCAGGAAAAGCACAAGGCCUCCAGCAACAACGGCUCCUGAAGACAGUUCCCAGUCUCCUGGCUAUUCUAAAACUGGAUUAAAGAAUACAGGAAAGGGUUUUGAAUCAGAUCUGGAAGAUCCUGAUCACGAACGGAGAUUUAUAACCACGAAGGAAUUCCAAGCCAUGGAGAAAGAACUAGAGGAUGUAAAAGAAGAACUGAAAUGCCUGAAGUGGAAAGUGAGACACAUUGGUGAGACUGUGCAGCCCCUGGCUGAAGACAGCAAGCGUUACAAUGGCUAUACCCUGACGGAGCUCAAGGCGAUGGUGCAGUUUGAAGAUGACCCUUACAAAGCUGCACACAAGAUCCUAACCGCGCUCUUCAGCGACAUCUACUUGAUACAGCACUCGGUCACUGAACAGGCCUGCAACUCCCGAUCUCUGCCCAAGCCCAAACUAGACCCAGAGCUGUACAUGGUGUACUGUGACAUUCUGAAAAGCAUAUUCCCUGGAAUUAGCAGCCAGACCUUGAGGGAAGAGACACAACACGUGCAGAAAAGCACCCAGAAAGAAGUCCAAUAACACCAGAGCCCACAGGAUGAUUUACAAAGUGAGAAGUCGCCGAUGAUUUUAGAGGACUGAACUGUGGUAGGUACCGUUGGUUGAGUCUAUCCCUUUUAGGUGUGAAUCAUCUGUUAAGAUAUUGGUGAGCACUGAGCCCUUCAUGCCACUUGCCCAAUGAGACAGGGUGGAAAGACAACCUGCAUACUUCCCACAUUUUUAGAAAAAAAUUGCCCCCUUGGUGUCUCUUUCAAUGUAUGGACGUUUCCUUGUUUCCAGCAACUACAAAUGCUGACAAAAGAAACCAGAGAAGGCAUUGUAUGUCCAAGCAAGGGCCUUCUCCCAGCCCCAAACAGACCAACCAACCAGCAUCUGGGUAGUUUCUAUUUUCUAGAGUAUAUCAUUCAUUAAAUAACAUUACUUG